AUGGGACAAAUAUUAACAUCGAGUAAUAAAGCAAAAAAUGAUUUUUCACUUGAUCAAUUGUUAACUACAACAAACAAUGAAAAUAAAGAAAGUAUAACACUUAUUUGGUUUGAUCCAAAUAUUGGAUCAAGCGAAGAUACUGAAAAAACAAAACAAACAUUGCGUCUUAUUAAUGAUUAUGUUAUUUUUGCUACUGACCUCGAACAAUGUAUUACAUUUAUUCAAUCAAUUAAUAAAGAAAAAAUCUUUUUAAUUACAUCAGGAGCAAAAGCAUCAGAAAUUUUAUCUCGAGUUUCUUCUUUUGAUCAAAUUGAUUCAAUUUUUAUCUUUUGUAUAAGAAAAAAUCGAUAUGAAUAUUUAUUAAAUGACUUCAAAAAAGUGAUUGGAAUUUAUAUUAACCUUGGUGAUUUAUGUAAAUCAAUAAAAGAACAAAUUGAUCUUGCCAACAGACAAAUACAAACAUUUUCUUUUUUUGAUCAACAUCAAAAGUCAACUAAAGAUUUAUCGAAAGAAUCAGCAGAAUUUCUUUGGUUUCAAUUAUUCAAUUAUGUUAUUGCGCAGCUUCCACGAAAUCAACAAGCUAAACAACAAAUGAUUCAAAUAUGUGAAGACUAUUAUCGUGGAAAUACAAAAGAAAUAGAAUUAAUUCAUGAAUUUGAAAAUAAUUAUCGAUCAAAAGAUGCAAUUCUUUGGUAUUCAAAACAAUCAUUUGUUUAUAAAUUAAUAAAUAAAGCAUUGAGAACAGAAGAUAUUGAUUUAUUAUAUACAUUUCGAUUUUUUAUUGGAGAUCUUUCUGACAAUCUUCAACAUGAACAUGAAAAGAUUUUAUUAUCAAAAGAAAAAAACUUAAAUGUUUAUCGAGGAGUUAAACUUGGCAAAGAAGAAUUUAUUAAACUAAAAGAAAAUCAAGGCAAACUUAUUUCAACAAAUGGAUAUUUAUCAACUAGUCGACGAAGAUCAUUAGCAUUAAGUUUUGCACUAAAACCAACAGAAAGAAUUGAUGUUGUUUCUGUUCUUUUCCAUAUUCAAUGCGAUAUUGAACAAAUUGAUAAAAGUAUUAUUCUUGCUGAUAUUUGUAAAUUUAGUGCAUAUCCGAAAGAAGAAGAAGUCUUAUUUGAUUUAAAUGCUUGUUUUCAAAUUGAAUCUAUUGAAGAAACUGAAUCAUUACAAAUAAUUAAAAUGAAUCUUUCGAAUGAAGGUCAAAAAAUUACUAAAGAUUUUAUUGAAUUAACACAAAAAGAAACAGAAGAAAUAAGUGUUUCGAUUGUUUUUGGACGAUUACUGUGUGAUUUAGGUGAAUAUGAUAAAUCACAAAAAUAUUUUCAACAAUUAUUCAAUGAUUCAAAUGGUGAAGAUCUUGCAUGGAUUGAAUUUAACAUCGGUCGAGCUCUUGAUUAUAAAGGUGAAUGGAAUGAAGCUCGAGAAAAUUAUGAUCGUGCAUAUAAUCGAAUGAUGAAGAAUAAACCAGCGCGAAUCAAAGAUUCUGCUCGUGUUCUCAACAACAUUGGUGUUAUUCUCGAUAAUCAAGGAAAAUAUGAUGAAGCUCUCGAUUAUUAUCAACAAGCAUUGAAAAUUCGAGAAGAAUUUUAUCCAUCUGGUCAUGUCGAUAUUGCUGCAAGUCUCAACAACAUUGGUCUUAUUCUCUCCGAUCAAGAAAAUUACGAUGAAGCGCUCGGUUAUCAUCAGCGAGCACUACAAAUUCGGAAGAAAUUUUAUCCAGCUGAUCAUGUCGACAUUGCUGCAAGCCUCUACAACAUUGGUAACAUUCUUUCCGAUCAAGGAAAGUAUGAUGAAGCUCUGGAUUAUUAUCAACAAGCAUUGAAUAUUAGACAGAAAUUUUAUCCAUCUGGCCAUGUUGAUAUUGCUCAUAGUCUCAAUAAUAUCGGUCUUAUUCUCUCCGCUCGAGGAAAGAAUGAUGAAGCUCUUAAUUAUCAUCAACGAGCAUUGAAAAUUAGAGAGAAAUUUUGUCCUUGUGGUCAUAUCGAUAUUGCUCAAAGCCUCUACAGCAUUGGAAAUAUUCUAUCUGAUGAAGAAAAGUACGAUAAGGCUCUCGAUUAUUAUCAACGAGCAUUAGAAAUUCAACAGAAAUUUUAUCCAUCUGGUCAUGUUGAUAUUGCGACAAUCCUCAACAACAUUGGUAAAAUUCUCUAUAAUCAAAGAAGGUACGAUGAAUCUCUCGAUUAUCAUCAACAAGCAUUGAAAAUUCGAGAGAAAUUUCAUCCAUCUGGUCAUGUUGAUAUUGCCUCCAGCUUGAAUAAUAUUGGACUUUGUUAUGAAAAUCAGAACAAACGAAAGGUAGCACUUGACUACUAUCAGCGUGCAUUGGCUAUAUAUGAGAAAUUUCUUCCUGUUGAUCAUCCACGUCGUCAGGGAAUCGAGCAAAAAAUUCGUCAGCUUACUAGAAAAAAUUAA